AUGACAUCUUUACCAGUGAUGUUAGUUCUCAUAAUUCUGCUGCUGCCACCCAUGAUCACUGAAGGAAGUAUGAAUGUUCUGACACAGACUGGAAAAGAAGCUACCAUAUCUGCUAAUCACAAGACAAACUACAAGGUUGACUUGGAAAAACCUGACUCUCAAGGAGAACAAAACAUCCCAGAGGCCUUUGAGAUAAUCCUCUGUGCCUGUAAUCACGAUGAAAAGUUGCUUAAAGACCAGGCAAAUGAUGAUCAACACGAGUUAAAACUGUCUAAAUAUUUUACUGCCCUGAGCAAAUGUCAUGCUCAGAAGAAUCAAGUGGACACAGUAAAUUUCAGAAUUAUACCCCCUAGGCUUCAUGGGACCAGAGAGGUUCCUGGUGUCAUACCUGCUGUGCGUUUUACCAGGUUCUCUUUCAAGUCCUACAUCCUAUUUGGUUAA